UAUUACCCGGCUCGAGUUAGGAAUUCGGCGUCCUCUGGAUACGUCGAAUGUGCUCAAGUUUGUCGCGGGAACGUUGCAACACGUUAAAUUUUCCGAGGUUAAAAACGUUGAUGUGGAUUAUGCUAAAUUAGCCGAUUAUAGCAUAGUUCUUCCCGCCAUGAGGAAAUUAAGGGGGUUUGAACUAGUUCAAAGUCAGUGGACGGAUCGUAGAAAGUACGGAAAUUCGGUCGUGACGCCAAGGCUGGUAUUGAAGUUUAAUGGAGGAGAGGACAAUCCCGCGGGAAGGUUGGUAUACGAAGAUCAAUUCCCCGUUCUGGAAACUAUCAGGAUUUCAAAGUCCCACCUUGUUCAAGAUAUUUCCACAGAGGCCAUGGACAAAUUGUCGGUGGGGGAAUAUUUCGAGACAAGUGUGUCAUUUUUGUACAAAUCUUUCCUCCGCAAAGGUAAUUCGCGGGGUGAGAGUGUGAAACGAUUAGAUGUCCCGUUCCCGCCCGAGGAGAAGUUUAGGCAGGUAACGGGUGAGUCUUGCGAGUGGCGGGAUUCCUCCGAAUUUUGGGACAGGGCGGUGGAAAUGUUUCCCAAUUUGGUGAAAUACGCGGCCAUUGGGGGAAGCUGGAAAAAGGCAAGGCCGGCCGAGGUGAACGCGUGGGUCGUAUUAGGGGAGAAGCUAGGAUUUGUGCGGAAGAUUAAGCAAGGGGCGGGAAAAGACCCUGAUUUGAAUUUAGGAGACGACAUUUAUCUAGAGGUUUCUGAAAGUGUCAAGUUUAAUCGAAAUUAAUAUAUAGAAAUUUAGUUAGAAAUUUAAACAUA